AUGGGGCUCAAAAAGGAAGAAAAGGCUGGGCAGGGGGCGGGCAGCGGGAUCGCGGGGCUCAGCACUGCGCGCCCUGCGGCUGUCAGGGUGGCAGGGUGGCCAGUGUGCAGCGAGCGUCCGCGAUGCCGGAACGGCUCCUUCGCCAACUGCUGCGAGGCCGGCGGGCGGGCAGUGCGCCCGGGCUGGUUGGGGGCGGGCGGCGCGCGGGCCUCCGGGACCCCCCGACCUCCCUGGGUGGCUCCCGCGCUAUCCACCGUGCUCGUCGUCACUACCGCCGUGGACAUCGUGGGCAACCGCCUGGUCAUCCUCUCCGUGUUCAGGAACCGCAAGCUCCGGGACGCAGGUAAUCUGUUCUUGGUGAGCCUGGCAUUGGCUGACCUGGCUGUGGCCUUGUACCCCUACUCACUGAUCCUUGUGGCCAUCUUCUAUGACGGCUGGGCCCUGGGGGAGGUGCACUGCAAGGCCAGCACCUUUGUGAUGGGCCUGGGUGUCAUCGGCUCUGUCUUCAACAUCACUGCCAUCGCCAUUAACCGCUAUUGCUACAUCUGCCACAGCGUGGCCUACCACUGGAUCUACCGGCCCUGGCACACCCCCCUGCACAUCUGCCUGGUCUGGCUACUCACUGUAGUGGCCUUUCUGCCCAACUUAUUCAUGGGGUCCCUGGAGUACGACCCGCACAUCUACUCCUGCACCUUCAUCCAGAUGGCCAGUGCGCAGUACACGGUGGCCGUGGUGGCCAUCCACUUCUUCCUCCCCAUCGCCGUCGUAUCCUUCUGCUACCUGCACAUCUGGGUGCUGGUGCUGCAGGCCCAUAGGAAGGCCAAGUCAGAGAGCAAGCUGUGCCUGAGGCCCAGCACCUUACGGAGCUUUCUAACCAUGUUUGUGGUGUUUGUGAUCUUUGCCAUCUGCUGGGCCCCACUCAACUGCAUCGGCCUUGCUGUGGCCAUCAACCCAGAAGAAAUGGCUCCCCAGGUCCCUGAGGGGCUAUUUGUCACUAGCUACUCACUGGCUUAUUUCAACAGCUGCCUCAAUGCCAUCAUCUACGGGCUUCUGAACAAGAACUUCUGCAGGGAGUACAAGCGGAUCCUCUUGGCCCUCUGGAACCUAUGGCACUGCUUUCAGGAUGCUUCCAGGGACAGCCAAUCCAAGGGCCCACAGAGCCCAGCCCCAUCUGUUGUUAGUGCCCAGCACCCUGUCCAGGCUGAUACUCUCUAG